AUGCAAUUCUCCAUCAUCGCUUCUUUGCUCGCUGCAACAACGCUAGUCUCCUCCGUGCCCACACCACCUGAAUCUCCCAUCAAAUCCGACAAUAAAACUUUCCAAAUUUACGUCUUCAACAAAACCUCACCAAAUGGCUACCUCAGUGGUCCAAACCCUCAACCCCUUGACUAUGCAACCCCUGUCACCGUCAAACUCGACGAAAUUUACACCUCCGCCAAUGCAUUCAGCGGCGAUCUCCUCAUCGAUGCCUGCAGCAACUACAACGUUCCAUUUGACCUUGUCCGUUGCAAGGCUCUUACAGGCGCCAGUGUCGAUCAAUACGGUGCGGGAACCUAUUUCAAUGCUACCACAUACGGACCUUUCGCUGGAACCAAGGAUUAUGUGAAGUCAAUUUUCUGUACCAAAGUACAGGGGAAGUGGGAUAAUAGGGUGGAUCAAUUCAACGGUGAUAAAAGGGUUCCUGAGCUGAGGAAGUCUCAAGUGCUUUGUUCGAAAGGACCUGUGGAGGAGUUUUUGAAGAUUGAUUUGUUUCAAUGA